GCUCCUUAGUUUCCAAUCCCUGUACUCUUCUCUUCUCUCUCUUUUCUGAAACUUCUCUUUUUCCGCAAGGAUUCUCUCCUUAAUUAGCGGGAUUAUACGAAGUUUCAGUUCAGCUUCUCAAAACACUUCUGCAUUGUCAUUUUUUUCUUCUUUUUCACCUAACUGCAUUCAACACAUUUUUCAUGGAAAAGCUAACACAGCUCGUUUCUAUGCUUCCUCUGUUUUUUCUUCUACUUCCAUCAUUAUCCUUCGCUGGUGGCCAUGACUAUGGUCAAGCUUUAAGCAAGAGCAUUAUGUUCUUUGAAGCUCAGAGAUCUGGUUAUCUUCCUCAUAACCAAAGAGUUUCGUGGAGAUCUCAUUCUGGUCUUCAAGACGGUAAAGCAAGUGGAGUAGAUCUAGUGGGUGGUUACUAUGAUGCAGGGGAUAAUGUGAAAUUUGGGUUACCAAUGGCAUUUACUGUUACAAUGAUGUCAUGGAGUAUUAUUGAAUAUGGUAAACAAAUGGCUAGUAGUGGUGAACUUGGUCAUGCCAUGGAAGCUGUGAAAUGGGGUACUGAUUAUUUCAUCAAAGCUCAUCCUCAACCUAAUCUUCUCUAUGGAGAGGUAGGAGAUGGUAACACUGACCAUAAGUGUUGGCAAAGACCGGAGGAUAUGACCACUGACCGUCGCGCUUAUAAGGUUGAUCCAAGUAAUCCCGGGUCGGAUCUCGCCGGAGAAACCGCCGCCGCUAUGGCCGCUGCUUCCAUUGUCUUCCGUCGCUCUAAUCCUGCUUAUUCCAGAGAACUCCUCCGUCAUGCCUAUGAGUUGUUUGAUUUUGCGGAUAAAUACAGAGGCAAAUAUGACAGCAGCAUCACAGUUGCACAGAAGUACUACAGAUCCAUCAGUGGCUACAAUGACGAAUUGCUCUGGGCUGCUGCUUGGUUGUAUCAAGCAUCUAACAACCAAUAUUACUUGGAUUACCUUGGUAGAAAUGGUGACUCCAUGGGUGGAACUGGUUGGCAAAUGACUGAAUUUAGUUGGGAUGUUAAGUAUCCUGGUGUUCAAACUUUAGUUGCUAAGUUCCUGAUGCAAGGGAAAGCUGGUGUUCAUGCACCUGUGUUUGAAAAAUAUCUGCAGAGGUCUGAGUAUUUCAUGUGUUCAUGCAUUGGAAAGGGUACUCGUAAUAUUCAGAAGACACCUGGUGGCCUAAUAUACCGUCAGAGAUGGAACAACCUGCAAUUUGCCACAAGUUCCUCCUUUUUAGCCACUGUCUAUUCUGACUACCUUGCUUCUUCUGGUAGAAACUUGAAAUGUGCUUCUGGAAAUGUUCCUUCUUCCCAGCUUCUCUCCUUUGCAAAGUCUCAGGUGGACUACAUUCUUGGAGACAACCCAAGAGCUACAAGUUACAUGGUUGGAUAUGGAAACAAUUACCCUCAAAGAGUUCACCACAGAGGUUCAUCCAUUGUGUCAAUCAAGGCUAAUCCAAAUUUUGUCAGCUGUAAUGGAGGUUAUGCUACUUGGUUUAGCAGCAAAAAGAGCAACACCAAUAUACUAACCGGUGCUAUUGUUGGUGGACCUGAUGCAUAUGAUGACUUUGCUGAUGAAAGAAAGAACUAUGAACAAACAGAACCAGCAACCUACAACAAUGCUCCUCUUAUAGGUGUUCUUGCACGACUCAGUGGUGGUCAUGGUGGCUAUAACCAGCUCCUUCCAGUUGCUGAACCAGUUCGUAAGCCUGUUGUUACUAAGCAACAUUCAUUCACCAAACCAAAGACAAUUCCUUCCCCAGCUUCAUGGUCAGGCCCAAUUUCCAUUCAGCAGAAAAUGACCAGCUCUUGGGUUGCGAAUGGAAGAACUUAUUAUAGAUACUCAACAAUCGUGACUAACAAAUCAACCAAGAAUCUCAAGUCUCUCAAUCUUUCAAUAUCCAAGCUUUAUGGUCCAAUCUGGGGACUCACAAAGUUUGGUGAUUCAUAUACAUUCCCAGCAUGGAUCAACUCAUUGUCAGCUGGUAAAAGCCUUGAGUUUGUCUACAUCCAUUCUACCACUCCAGCAGAUGUCUCAGUUGCGAACUACUCAUUGGCCUGAGAAUGAUCAAUUUGGUUUAAAAAGUCGGAUGCGAGUGGUUUAUUGCUUUCUUGUGUAAAACGAAAUGUGCAAAUCUUCUCUUGGUGUCAAAUCCUUUUCUUCUCUUGUUUAUUUUGUUUCAUUAGAAUAGAUAAAAAAAAAUAGAUAGAUUAUAUAAGAUGGAAGGAGCGGUGCAGAAAGGAGUGAAGAGACAAGAAAAGAGUGCUCAUCCUCUUUCUUAUCCGCUUUACAACUUAUAUACAGUGAGUAAUACAAGACAGACAGACAACAGCGAGACAGUGAUAGUUGAGAAGUUCAGAAUUUAAAUGAACUUCUUAACAUGUUAGAGAAGAGUCAUCACUUGUAUUUUUUUUCUAAAGCUUUGGAUGUCUUUUCUGUGUGAUGUUAUGCUUUGCAGCAUUGUACUCCAUAUAUAAACAGUUUGUGCUAUAGUAUUAUGUUUUUAUGUUGUGCAAUGCUUGUUUGGUUAUUUCAAGUAUAUGAUUGCUAAUUCA